AUCAGAAGGCGACCCACACACGUGUGUACGAUAGGACUGUGGUUUUGGCUAUGAGCACUUGACGCAAUGAAGAUCCGGUUACUUGUGAGUUCAGCAUCAUGGUUUUUCUGCAGACAUGGGACCCGAGCAGUAGAGCAAAAACUCUUCUUCACGUCUUGGCAGAAUGGUUGCCUGACUGGUUACCGCAGAGAGUGGUCUAAAAGCAAAUUACUAAGGGGACUGCACUCCUGGCAGGCCUUGUUAGAUUGUGAACGGAAACGCUGGGAGGCAGCCUGUGUGACGUACCAAGAUCUGACUGAAGUUCUGAUGAAACGGCUUGAGGAGAUGCAUCAGAAGUAUCCGAUAAGAGCAGAACGCAACAUGAUUAAACAUGGAGAUUACACAUAUUUUGAUGAGGACAACUACAUCUAUCGCUUUCAGGAAAGCAUUGGAGAAGAUAGCAUAGAGACUCUCUUCAGCCCUGAGGAUGCUGGGUUACAGGAAUACGUAAUUCAGCGCAUCCGGAUUUCUCCUGCACAGACUUAUUUGGCUGUUACUCUGAAAAGCUUGGAUCGUGAAGAGGCCACCUGUAUAGUGGUGAGGAUGGAGGGACAGCCGCAAGUAGUAUGCAGUAUACCCAAUGUCUUUAGUUGUGAGUGGGUUACAGAUAACGUCCUAUUUCACACGAGGCAGGAUAAUCUCCAGUGCCGUUCUGUGUAUGCAGCAGAAUUCAGUGGAGAAAGUACCACCAGACUGGUUUAUCACGAGAAGGAUCCCAGGUUUUUCGUAGACCUUUAUAUGACCAGAGACCACCGCUUUCUCACCAUCAACAGUAACAGUAAGACGUCUGCUGAGGUCUGGCUUGUUGACUGUAGCGCCCCUUACUUGCCUCCUGCCCUGGUGCAGAACCGGCUGCCUGGUGUCAUUUAUCAUGUGGAGCACAGAAAUGGCUGCCUCUAUAUUCUGACAACGUACGGAGAGCCUGCAGAGUACAAGCUGAUGACGGCCCCACUAAACAGUGAUGUACAGCAGUGGAAGCCCAUAUACAGGGUUCCUGCAGAAUCCCGACUGCUGGACAUGGAGAUGUUGGAGGAUUAUUGUGUUAUGUUCAUAAGACAGAAAAAUGAGCUGCACAUGGACGUCAUCUCCCUCUCCAGAGAGACGGUCAUUGGUUCUCUGAAGCUUCCAGCGUGGGCCUGUGCACUGCAACCUGAGUCUUACCCAGAGGAGAGGACAAGCACAAUCAACUUUUACCUUGAGUCUCCCGUUCAUCCCCCGAUUAUGUUUGCUUAUUCUGUACCAGACAAGAAAUUGUCAGUGGAAGCCGGUUACAGCAGAGAGGGGAGCAAGACUUGUCACCUUGUGCGAAUGAACGCAAAGAGCAAGGAUGGGACUUUGGUACCAGUCACAGUUUUUUAUAAAGCAGAGAGUGGGCUCCUAGACAGACCCCUACUAGUUCAUGUCUACGGUGCUUACGGCAUGGACUUGAACAUGAGCUUUAAAGCUGAGAAGAGAAUGCUGGUCGAAGAUGGCUGGAUAUUGGCUUAUUGUCAUGUAAGAGGUGGCGGAGAACUGGGCUGUAACUGGCACAAACAGGGUAAUCUGGAGAAGAAGCAGGAUGGUCUGGAGGACCUGGAAGCUUGCAUUGUACACAUGCAUGGUCAGGGAUUUUCUCAGCCCUCCAGGACCGCACUGGAAGCCGCUAGCGCUGGAGGAGUCCUCGCUGGAGCUCUGUGCAAUUCCAGGCCUUGGCUUUUGCAAGCGAUGGUCUUCGAGGCACCUUUCCUUGAUGUGUUGACUACUAUGAUGGACCCGUCUUUACCACUCACCAUUGAAGAGCAUGAAGAAUGGGGCAGUCCGCAGACUAACGUACAACACUACAGAGCUAUACAGGCAUAUUGUCCUUAUCAGAAUAUCACUCCCCAGAAUUACCCCUCUGUUCUCAUCACUGCUUAUGAGAACGAUCAGAGGGUCGCGUUGAAUGGAUUGCUGCGGUACAUGAAAAAGCUCAGGACGGCCGCACUCUGCCAUUUCCAGACAUCAGCUCUGCCAGAUUGGAGGAUGCCAAAUAUAUUGCUAGAUGUUCAGCCUGGAGGUAGUCACUGUGAUUCCUUGUCCUGGGAAGAUUCCUUGAAGAAGGUGGCCACUCAUUUUGCUUUUCUACACAAGGAACUGAAACUCCAGGAGACAUGAGCAUGUAGACAUUGCAAAGAAAUACCUGGAAAGUAAAGUUCAUGAUACAUAAGAAAAAAUUAUUGCUAUGCCCGUAUCUCAUUUAGCUCCCACAUAAGAAGCACCUGACAGGCCGAAUGGAGUGGCCCUAGUGGUGACUGCUUCUCCAUCAGCUUAAGACUCUCUAUCCUCUGGUUCUUUCAAAGCCACCACCUUCUCGGCCCUAAAGCUGCAUAAUCCAUCUCCAAAGCCAGUUCCCAUCCCAAAAUAGUACAGCCUUGUGCCCACCAUUUUAUCAAAUCCUCCAUGAAUUUUGACUUCACCCAUUCACAAAUGUCCAGACCACUCUGCCCAAUUAACGAAAAAUUGUCAAGAUUGUGAGCUAUCACGAUAUGACAGACACCAAUGAAUAACCAGCUGAACUUUUCAAUGCACAAGAAGAGGAACACCCCAUAGGGAAAUGAAUGUCUACAAAAUACUUUUAGAA